AUGGCGGAGGCCGGGCCACAGGCGCCGCCGCCCCCGGGCACGCCAAGCCGGCACGAGAAGAGCUUGGGACUUCUCACCACCAAGUUCGUGUCGCUUCUGCAGGAGGCCAAGGACGGCGUGCUUGACCUCAAGCUGGCAGCUGACACCCUAGCUGUGCGCCAGAAGCGGCGGAUUUAUGACAUUACCAACGUGCUGGAAGGUAUUGGGCUGAUCGAGAAAAAAUCUAAGAAUAGCAUCCAGUGGAAGGGUGUGGGACCUGGCUGUAACACCCGGGAGAUUGCGGACAAGCUGAUUGAGCUCAAGGCAGAGAUCGAAGAGCUGCAGCAGCGAGAGCAAGAACUGGACCAGCACAAGGUGUGGGUGCAGCAGAGCAUCCGGAACGUCACAGAGGAUGUGCAGAACAGCUGUUUGGCCUACGUGACUCAUGAGGACAUCUGCAGAUGCUUUGCUGGAGACACCCUGCUGGCCAUCCGGGCUCCAUCUGGCACCAGCCUGGAGGUGCCCAUCCCAGAGGGCCUCAAUGGGCAGAAGAAGUACCAGAUUCAUUUGAAGAGUGUGAGUGGCCCCAUUGAGGUGCUCCUGGUGAACAAGGAAGCAUGGAGCUCACCACCUGUGGCAGUGCCUGUGCCACCACCUGAAGAUCUGCUCCAGAGCCCACCUGUUGUCUCUGCUCCUCCACCUCUGCCCAAACCUGCUGUGGCCCUGCCCCAGGAUGCCUCACACCCAAGCAGUCCCCAGGUGAUCACCACCACUUGUGUACCUGGUGGCACCGAAGCCCAAGGAAUGGCCAGUCCAGCAGCUGAGAUCACAGUGAGUGGUGGCCCUGGAUCUGAUAGCAAAGACAGUGGUGAGCUCAGCUCACUCCCGCUGGGCCCUACAGCACUGGACACCCGGCCACUGCAGUCUUCUGCCCUGCUGGACAGCAACAGUAGCAGCAGCAGCAGCAGCAGCAGCAGUAGCAGCAGCAGCAAUAGCAGUUCAUCUGGACCCAACCCUUCUACCUCCUUUGAGCCCAUCAAGGCAGACCCCACAGGUGUUCUGGAACUCCCCAAAGAGCUGUCAGAAAUCUUUGAUCCCACACGAGAGUGCAUGAGCUCAGAGUUACUAGAGGAGCUGAUGUCCUCAGAAGGUGGGUGGCCCAGAAAGGUAGGGGUGUUUGCCCCCCUUCUCCGCCUUUCACCACCCCCCGGAGACCACGAUUACAUCUACAACCUGGAUGAAAGUGAAGGGGCCCAACCCGGUGCACCCUCGGCAGGAGGUUGCAGGGUUUGGAAGGUACAGGCGUCCCUCUCCAGCUGGACCAUGGCGCCCCCACGGGAGGUGGUGAAGAUUGCUGUUCAGAAGCCUGGCGCCAUCCCGCAGCUCAUCCAGCUGGACCAGGCUAAGCCCCUGGCCGCUGUGCUGAAAGAGGUGUGCGACGCGUGGAGCCUAGCUCACUCUGAGCACUAUGCCCUGCAGUUUGCUGAUGGGCACAGGAAAUACAUCACUGAGAAUAACCGCUCAGAGAUCAAGAAUGGCAGUAUCCUAUGCCUCAGCACUGCCCCAGACCUUGAGGCUGAGCAGCUGUUGGGUGGGCUGCAGAGUGGGAGUCGUGAAGGGCGCCGGGAAGCCCUGCAGCACCUUGUCCUGUUGGCCCCAGACAUGACCUUUGCCCAGGAAGUCAUCAGCCGUGAUGGGCUUCAGAAGCUAGGCACCAUCAUUGAGGAAGGGGAUGACCUAGGAGAGGUGCUGGCCCUUGCACUGCAGGUCUUCUUGGAGCUCAUGGAGCAUGGCGUGGUGUCCUGGGAGACGCUCAGUAUCCCCUUUGUUAGGAAGGUGGUAUGCUAUGUGAACAUGAACCUGAUGGACGCAUCGGUGCAGCCCCUGGCUCUCAGGCUGCUGGAGAGUGUAACUUUGAGCAGCCCCGCCCUGAGCCAGCUAGUUAAGAGUGAGGUGCCACUGGAUAGGCUGCUGGUGCAUCUACAGGUGAUGAACCAGCAGCUGCAAACCAAGGCCAUGGCACUGCUAACAGCCUUGCUGCAGGGGGCCAGCCCUGUUGAACGUAAGCACAUGCUUGACUACCUAUGGCAAAGACAACUUCGCCAGUUCAUCUAUAAGAAUAUCAUUCAUAGCGCAGCACCACUGGGUGACGAGAUGGCUCACCACUUGUAUGUACUGCAGUCUCUUACACUGGGGUUGCUGGAGCCACGCAUGAGGAUGCCACUGGACCCCUGCAGCCAGGAGCAGCGGGAGCAGCUGCAGGCCCUGCGCCAGGCUGCCUUUGAGCCAGAAGGGGAGUCCCUCAGUGCUGGCCUGAGUGCUGACCGUCGCCGUUCCCUCUGUGCCCGGGAGUUCCGAAAAUUGGGCUUCUCCAAUAGCAACCCUGCACAGGACCUAGAGCGCGUGCCCCCCGGCCUGCUGGCCCUGGACAACAUGUUCUACUUCUCCAGACAUGCACCCAGUGCCUAUAGCCGGUUUGUUUUGGAGAACAGCAGUCGUGAGGAUAAACAUGAGUGCCCCUUUGCCCGGAGCAGCAUCCAGCUGACUGUGCUGUUGUGUGAGCUGCUCCAUGUUGGGGAGCCCUGCUCCGAAACAGCCCAGGACUUUUCACCCAUGUUCUUCGGCCAAGACCAGAGCUUCCACGAACUCUUCUGUGUAAGCAUUCAGCUGCUGAAUAAGACCUGGAAGGAGAUGCGGGCUACACAGGAGGACUUUGACAAGGUCAUGCAAGUGGUCCGGGAGCAGCUGGCCCGAACACUGGCCCUGAAGCCCAGCUCCCUGGAGCUCUUCAGAACCAAGUUGAAUGCACUUACCUAUGGGGAGGUGCUGCGACUGCGGCAGACUGAGCGGAUGCAUCAGGAGGGCACACUGGCCCCUCCCAUACUGGAGCUUCGGGAGAAGAUGAAGCCAGAGCUCAUGGGCCUAAUCCGCCAGCAACGUCUGCUCCGUCUCUGCGAGGGAACACUCUUCCGCAAGAUCAGCAGCCGGAGGCGCCAGGACAAGCUGUGGUUCUGCUGCCUGUCCCCCAACCACAAGGUGCUGCAGUACGGGGAUGUGGAGGACAGUGCCAGUCAACCUGCCCCUGAGAGCCUCCCAGAGCAGCUCCCAGUGGCUGACAUCAGGGCGCUACUGACCGGCAAGGACUGCCCCCAUGUCCGUGAGAAGAGCUCAGUGAAGCAGAACAAGGACCUCUAUGAGUUAGCUUUCUCAGUCAGCUAUGACCACGGAGAGGAGGAGGCAUACCUCAACUUCAUUGCCCCCUCUAAACGGGAGUUCCACCUGUGGACAGAUGGGCUGAGCAUUCUGCUGGGCAAUCCCAUGAGCAGUGAGCAGACAAGGCUGGACCUGGAGCAGCUGAUGACCAUGGAGACCAAGCUACGCUUGUUAGAGCUGGAGAAUGUGCCCAUCCCUGAGCAGCCACCCCCUAUACCCCCGCCCCCCACCAACUACAACUUCUGCUAUGACUGCAGCAUCAUUGAACCUUGACACAUUAGCCAAGGGCCACAGCUGCUGCCAUUGUGGUGACCAUGAGGGGUGAAGUAUGCAGAAGUACAGAUACCCAGAUCAGUGGAGGCCGCAGCAGAAAUAAAGUCUGCUUGGUUCUUAGUAUGUGUCGAGCCAGCUGUGAACCCUGUAGGUCAAGCCUGCCUUCAAACUGAGUUUGCACAUGAGAUAUGGGGCAUCAGGCCAGGGCCACAAACUGAGGCAACUACAGCUGAGGGGCUUGUCCUUCCUCAGGAUGAGUCCUCAGCCUCCCUCGGUGCUGGGCCUGCAGAGAGGGAUGACCUAUUUGGGGGGCACCAACGAAGAGAGUGCUAGUGCUAUCAGCCAGGUGAGGGAGAAGCAGCAGGGCAGGAGGCAUUGCCCUAGGUGAUGUCUUCCUGGUCAACAUUAACAGGGCCCUAGUCUGGGAGCCAUGUUUCCAGAGGCUCCUGAGAGUCUGAACCUUGCUUGGCCUGCUGUGUGUCCUUUGCAGGACUUGGAGGCCCUCUGGUGAAAGGUAGGAAAGAAGAGAUGUGAAGUUGGGCUUGCUUUGUGCUGAAGGGCAGACUUAAGAUUCCAGAAGACAUCCUCAAGUAGUGAGAGGAUAUUCUGACAAAAGGGAAUUUAGUGCAGGAAGCCUGAAUUCUGACUAAAACCCAUUACAGGAGGGUGGGAUGAGGGCCACAGGCAGGCCAGAGCCCCUGGGAUCAGAACUGGCUAGGGGUAUUGGGCCUAGCUGGAGGUCACGCUCAGAGGCUAUGGUCAUGGACCCCAAGCCUCUGAGGCAAAGAGCACACCCGCCCAUGGAGACAGUCUGAAAGCUGCCCACCACCCUCUGACCUUUUCCAUGCCUCUCGUACCUCUUUCCCAAUGCCUCCUCAAAUAUCUUUUU